AUGGGGGGUGGCAGGAAGCACAGGUGGACCGGGGCUGACUCUGAAUGUUUUGCUUGCCGUGGGCACUCCUGGGUGGGCUCUGGGAACCACGGUCUGCACGGUCCCGCUAACCAGGCUGGGGCUGGCUGCGUGAAGGGCGGCUGCGCCCGCAGAGCUUGUCUACCUCGUGCCAACACCUUCGAUGCGAAGCAAGGGUCGGGCAGACCUGUGGGUGCGCUCCCCUUUCCCUCGUGCAGUGCUCGCGCGCCCGCUUCUUUGCUCUUACGUUGCAAGGACGCGUCACGGGCGGCGCACCCAACAGUCUGCGCUCUGCCUGGGGCCGCUUUGGCAGCCAACGGAAACCUCUCGGAGCCACUGACUCCAUUUGAAGGACCCGACCUUGCAGAACUGCUCCUCAUGGGCAGUUACCUGAGCCGGCCUCGCCCUCGGCCACCGUCCUCUGCUCUGCUGGGUGGGGACCGACCCGAGACAACUGCGAGCCCCGGGCCUGGGCCCGCGCACCCCGCCUGCCCUGUUCCCCCCGCUUGCCGGGUGCGCUCAGCGGCGCCGACCCUCGAAGUGGCUCGCGGGCUGUCCUAUGAGGAUCUUGUGGCCUCGCCGCGUCGCCGUCGGCCUCGCAGGCGGUUUGCCAUAAUCCACCCGCGGCAGUAUCCGAUCCAGCAGGCCCGGUGUUUAUUUCUGGGGGCCUUUUCCGCUCUGCCCCAGACCGACCAUCCGAAGCCAGUGCUGCCUGCUUGCACCUCUACGAUGUUCUGCACCUCAGUGAUCCUGAAGAUGGCAUCGGCUAAGGGCAAACCGACGCUCCGUUUGGCUCUGAAGCAGACAGUCAUCUGUAUGUGGUCUUCACUUCCUGGUCACCUCCCAAAUCCGUGUGUAAGGGAGACCUUGGCGAGGGCCCUCAAAGAGAAUGGUCAAGUGAGAGCCAAGGCGGAGGAGGACCUGACCUCCCUGGUAGAGGGCAGGGCAGGGCUGGCAAGGCCAGAGGAAGGGUACCCAGUCCCCGAGAGGCAGGACGAUCUGAGAAGGAGGCCUGAGGGCAGCCGAAGUGUACAGUCAGCAUUUAGGCGUCUGAUGGUCAAUGGAGUCCUCUCUUCCUUCGUGCCUACACCUGGGCCUCUGAAGAGAGACUUCUGUUCCACCAGCUUAGAAGACAGCCUGAUGAAGAAAUCCCACAUCUGCUUCUUGAGCUCAUGCAGCAAACGCAAUGCCAUCACCAGUUCCUACAGCUCCACUCGAGGUUUCCUACCCUUACAGAGGAGCCGUCGAGGUGCAUCUGGGGUGCCGGGGCCAGCCCCAUCCUCAGUCCAGCCCCAGCUGCCGACAAAGAAAGCCAGUGAGGAAAGCUGUCAUUCUAGCUCGUCGGCCUCAGUGGAACCACAAAGAAAGAUCAGGAAUGAAAAGGUUGCAGAUGCACCUUCUGGGCGAAAGCACACUCUAAAGAAUCGCUCACUGGCAUCUGCCCACUCCAGGCCGCAGAAGCGCAAGAUUCCACUACUGCUGUCAUCGAGGGGAAAUGACCCAAUGAUCCUGCCUCCACCGCCCCAGCUAGGUUAUCGAGUCACUGCUGAAGACCUUGACCUAGAGAGGAAAGCUGUGAUCCAGUGGAUCAACAAGGUCUUGGAAGGAUGAUGGAGCUAAGAUCCAGAGCAAACUUGAGGACAGUGACAUCAUGACUCAUGCAUAUGAGCUGACCCUCAAAUCUGAGUGUCUAGGUUGUACUCUGUGCUUGUAGAGCAAUAUUACAUUCCAUGUAGGGUCAUUUUGAUACUUAAAUACGAUAAUCCUUUGAAGUGCUAA